AGACGACUAAAUACAACCGUGGUCAUAUGUGCACUUUCGAACAAAAGAGCGCGUUUAACUUUCUAUUCUAAGAUGACUUUAUUCUUAUGCAACUUUAACCAAACGGUAAAUAUAUCAAUUAGUUAGCAUAUAUGUGUUGCUUUUCUAAUUAAAAAAGUUCUUUUAGCGAGAAAUGUUUUAAUAGAGUAAAUAAACGGUGCUAUUGUAAAUGUUUGUGCCAAUUUAUCAUUUUAUGUUAAAAGGUACCGUUUGAAAAUUUAAAAGAAUUAUUUCACUGUUUAUUAGAUAAUUUAAUAAGAUAAGUGAAUAUCUAAAGGUUAUCUGUAAAGGACAUCUUAAAAUAAUCGAAUUUAAGAUAAAAAAGAAUAUAUUGUAUAGUUCUGAUCGCUAAAGUUGGGUUGUUAUUUUUUAGUAUUCUAUUACUUCUUCAAGUAAAACAAAUUUGUAGAAACUAAUGAAGUUCUCUUUUAACUUAAUUCUAAUUAAAUUUCCCUCUUUUAUACCGUUUCUUUGCAGUAUUUAAAUAACUCUCAAACUGAAAGAUGUACAGAAAAUACAAUAUUUAUCCUUACACCGUUUGCUGUCAAUAUUUUCCUAUUUUUAUUUCUAUUGAAGAAUGUAAAGAAACAAUUACUUAGGAUAAAUCAAUGCAUUAGAUGUAAAUCUAUUGUGUUUUGGUGUGAGAUGGUAAGUUUAUAUUGUAUUAUAAAUGUAAUAAAUUAUAAGGUUGAAGAAUAUUUGUUUAUAAACUUUUCUAGGUAUUUCUUAUCAGUCAAAUAGUGGUUUCUAGUUUAUUGCACGUUUUCAUCAGAGAUUUAAAAAUGGAGAAAUCGGAAUAUUUCUCAACAUCUAUAAGAAUAUGUACUAUGGUAUCGUCAAUGGUACUAGUUACUCUGAUAAGAUCAUAUAGAGAUAAACUAGCGCUCUUUGGUACAUUGAAUAUUCGAUUGUUUGUCACAAUUGUAUUAUUACUUUCUCAUAUUCAACGUCCAGCCUUUCCUGUAGUGUCUGUUAGUUAUGGUUAUAAAGAAAAGAAAACUAUAAUACUUGGAUUAAUAGCCAGCUUAGAAUUUUGCCAUAUGGUCAUUUAUUUAUUCUUUCACUUUCCUGAUUUAACGAAUGAAGAAGAUCAAAAGGAAUAUGAUAGAAAGACAUUUACUUCAACUGAUAUUCCAGAAUCUCCUGAAUACUUUUCUAAUAUUCUCUCGAAAAUAACAUAUUGGUGGUUUAAUUCAAUUGUCCGUAAAGGUUAUAAAAACAAUUUGACUACUAAUGAUUUGUGGGAUUUAAAGAAAACCCAACGAACUCCAUACGUUGGUCAUAAGUUUCUAAAAGGGUGGAAAAAAGCUUUAGGAGAUAAAAAAUCAAUCGAUUCUAAUGUAUUUUCCGAAAAUAAGAUUGAAGAAAACAUUGUACAAAAAGUUACAAAAAAGUCUGGGAUACAAAUUGUUGUUACUGCCGUUAAUGAUGAUGAAGAAAUUCAACAAUCUCCCAUAUCCAAGUACGAUGACUCUUCUACCUCUUCGCCCGACGAAAGGGAAACAUUAAUUAAUCGAGCUAUACGUAAAACAAAGAGGCCUUCCCUGAGUUGGAUUAUUUUCAAACAGUUCUUUUGGCGUUUUUUUCCAUCAAUCCCUAUUAAAUUCAUAUGCGACUGCUUACUUUUCGUAUCCCCUAUUUUACUAAAGAAGUUAUUGAGGUUCAUAAAUGAUUCUGAUGCUCCAAAAUUAAAUGGAUAUCUAUGCGCUAUUGCAAUGUUCCUUGCUAUACAAGCGCAUAGUAUUCUUCUUCAACACUAUUAUACUCUAUGUUUUACGAUUGGUCUCAAUAUAAAAUCUACUCUGAGUGCAGCAAUCUACGCAAAAACAUUAAAAUUGAAUAACGUUUCAAAAAGUUCAUACACGGUUGGGGAGGUUGUCAAUUUAUUGUCAAUAGAUUGCAGUAAAAUUUAUGAGCUCGUUCCACAUUUGAAUAUGAUAUGGUCUUCGCCAUUUCAGAUUAGUAUAUGUUUGUAUAUGCUAUGGCAAUUAGUUGGGCCGUCUGUUCUAGCUGGAACAGCCUUUCUUGUUGUAAUACUACCAAUAAAUGCAGUUAUUAUUAAGUAUCAAAAGAAGUUUCAGACGGAGCAACUGAAAUUCACCGAUUCUAGGAUAAAGCUAGUCAAUCAAAUGUUGAACGGAAUCAAAGUAUUAAAAUUAUAUGCUUGGGAAAAGCUGUUUGAAGAAAAAAUUGCGGAAAAACGAUCAAAUGAAUUAGAUGUACUGAAGAGAGCCGCCUAUCUAAAUUCAUUUGGCACAUUUGUAUGGACUUGUGCUCCCAUAAUGGUUUCUUUAGCAACUUUCAGUUUAUUUGUUUUAAUUAACAAAGAAAAUAAAAUGGAUGCUGAAAAGGCUUUCGUCUCCUUGUCGCUUUUCAACAUUAUGCGACUUCCUCUCGUCAUAUUUCCCACUCUAAUCAGUAAUAUUGUCCAGACACGAAUAUCCAUGAAGCGAAUAUGGAAAUACCUGCUCUUAGAUGAAAUAGAUGAAACGGGAGUUACAAGAGCUCAAUAUAAUUUAAACUGCAGUAACGCAAUAACAGUCAGAGAAGCUUCUUUCGCCUGGAUAAGGGACGAUGAUCCUGUUCAGUCAACUGAUAAUUUAGAGAAAAUCAAAGAGAAUGUGAAAGAAACUAUUGCGGUUAAUGCAAGAGAUCUUCGAAUAGGACCGAUACUUCAUGACAUUAAUUUAGAAAUUCCACAAAGUAGUUUUGUUGCUGUAAUUGGAGCUGUCGCUAGUGGCAAGUCUUCCCUUUUAUCAGCAAUUUUAGGAAAUAUGGAGAAAAUUUCAGGAACUGUCGAUAUUAUGGGUAAGGUAGCUUACGUUUCUCAACAAGCCUGGAUUCAGAAUGCCAGUAUAAAAUCGAAUAUUACAAAAUUUGGCAAGGGCUUCGAUCAAGAUUUGUACGAUAAAGUCAUUGAAGCGUGCGCUUUGAAACUCGAUUUCGAUAUGUUUCCUAGUGGAGAUUUAAGUAAUAUCGGAGAAAAGGGUAUUAACCUUUCUGGAGGUCAAAAACAACGCAUUGCACUUGCAAGAGCGGUGUAUGCUGAUCAGGACGUUUAUCUAUUAGACGAUCCAUUAGCAGCUGUUGAUGUUCAUGUUGGGAAACAUCUAUUCGAGAAUGUAAUUGGAAAAACAGGUCUCCUAGGAGGAAAGACGAAGAUCUUGGUUACAAAUUCUUUGGAAUAUUUGGAAGACACAGACUUUAUCUACGUUAUUGAAGAAGGAAGAAUCAUACUAAGAGGAAAUUAUGAAAAUAUUAAAAAUGAAAGUUUCUUUCUUUCUCUUAAAGAGAAAAAGAACAAAGUAGAAAAUUUACAAAACCGAAAAAAGAGAGCUUGCACUGAUCGAAAUCGACCAUGGAAAUCCGAAUCUAAUAUAUCGUCAAAGACAAAUAAAGCAAAAAAUUCGAUCAGUCUAACGACCCUACUAGAUUCAUCUCUUACGUUUAUAGAAAACGAAUUUGAUAAUGUUCCUGCUCCGAGCAUUAAUAAUCUAACAAAAGAACUGGAAGAGGAAAGUUCUGUCGAGAAGAAUAAUAUUGAAAAAGUCAAUAAGGAAGAGGCGGCAAGAAAAAUGAUUAUGGGAGAAGAAAAUAUAGCAGUUGGAAAGGUUAAAAUAAGUGUAUUUUUAAACUACAUAAAAGCAGCUGGAUAUCAUCUAUGCUUUCUAGUUGGACUUUUGUUUAUCUUAAAUAAUUUCUGUUCCCUUGGCGCUAAUUAUUGGCUAAGUGCAUGGAGUGAAGACGAACAAUUGGCGAAAAAAAAUCAAACAACGCAAUAUUCUAGAGAAGCUAGAUUAGGAAUUUACGGCGCCCUAGGAAUUGGGCAAGGUCUAUUGGAGAUGCUAGCCUCCUUUUCUAUAGCGAUUAGCGGUGUAAGGGCUUCUAAAUAUAUUCAUCAAUGUCUUCUUGAAUCAACUAUAAAAUCUCGUAUUUCCAAGUUUGAGAAGACGCCUUCAGCGUUAUUUUUGAAUAGAUUCUCCUCCGAUAUGAAUACUGUAGAUCUGGUUAUUCAUUUCACCUUGCGUUCGUGCAUCAAUAUCUUAUUACAGACGCUGAUAAUCAUCACAGUGACCAGUUUAACGGCUUAUUUUUUGAGUAUUUACUACUUUUUAGCUGCUAUAUUCUAUUACUUUGUUCAGAGAUACUAUAUAUCUUGUUCAAGACAAUUGAAACGCAUAGAAUCUGCAUCAAAAUCUCCUUUAUAUUCAAAUUUUAGCGAAACAUUUGCUGGAUCAGCAAUUAUUCAAGCGUACAAUGAUGAGAAAAACUUCAUUAGCAAAUUCGCCCUUCUCUUGGAUAAGAGUCAAAAUGCAUCGUAUGCUGGGAUUAUUGCAAAUAGGUGGUUAGCUCUUCGAUUGGAAUUUAUUGGUAAUCUCUUAGUCUUGAUUACCUCUGUUCUAGCCGUUUAUAGAAAAUCUGAUUUAAACGCUGGAUUAGUCGGUUUAUCAAUUACGUAUGCCUUAAAUAUAACGCAAGUACUAAACUGGUUGGUGAGAAUGAGUAGCGAAUUAGAAACCAAUAUUGUAGCUGUUGAGAGGAUUAAAGAAUAUAGCGAUUUACCAAGUGAAGCAUCUUGGGAAAGUAACAAUCUAAAGAAUAGAAAAGAUUGGCCUGAAAAUGGCGAAAUAGAUAUAAACAAUUUCAGCUUAAGAUACGAUAAGUCUUUGCCACUCGUAUUAGAAAAUAUUAAUUUAUCCAUAAAGAGCGGAGAAAAAAUUGGAAUUGUUGGACGAACCGGAGCUGGGAAAAGUUCCUUUCUUUUAGGCCUGUUACGUUUAAUUGAAGCAGAAAGCGGAUCAAUUUUUAUAGAUAAUAUCGACAUAAGCAGUAUUGGUUUACACGAGCUUCGAAAAAAAUUAACUAUAAUACCACAAGACCCUGUAGUAUUUACGGGUAGUUUGAGGUGGAAUUUAGAUCCUUCGGAAAAGGCAUCAGAUCCAGAAAUCUGGAAUGCUCUAGAAAAAGCCCACUUAAGUUCUACAGUCAUUAACUUAAAAGAAAAGCUGAACUUUGAUUGCGAUGAAGGUGGAGAGAAUCUAUCCGUUGGCCAGCGACAGCUUAUUUGCUUGGCCAGAGCCUUAUUAAGGAAAAGUAAAAUUUUACUAUUAGACGAAGCAACCGCAGCUGUUGACCUAGCUACAGACUGUCUCAUUCAAAAAACCAUUAACGAAGAAUUUAACGAUUCGACAGUAAUUACUAUUGCCCAUAGGCUCCAUACAGUGAUCAGUUAUGACAAAGUAUUAGUUCUCGAUCAAGGAAAAAUUGCUGAAUUCGACAAACCGAGCCAUUUGUUAGCCAACAAAUCAUCAAUGUUUUAUACCAUGGCUAAAGAAGCUAAAAUAGAAAAUAUUCAAUAAAAAACAACACGAGUGAAAUUAGAGACUUAUUUCUCAUUCUAAAGCUUAUGUCUAAUAGAAACAGAUACUCUUUUUUUUUAAUACCUCAAAUAUGUCUAUUUCUAUGAGAUAAAAGAAAACAGAGUCGAUAUAUGAUGAGAAUAUUUUUUAAAAUAAUAUAUAUAUAUAUAAUUGAUAUGUAUAUAAUAAAAAAACAA